UAUGCAAACCCAACGGCACACGUGUCCCAUCUCUAGGCAGAAAAAACAAUCUCUUUACAUCUUUCCCAACUUUGAUAUUUACAGUAGAGCGACCCAUGAAUCAUUCACCCACUUCCAUUUACUUCUUGUCUCCUCAUCUCACGCAUUUCUCACCUGUCCUGCUGUCGACUCAUCCACGCUGCAACAUGCAUUUCUCACCUGUCCGGUCAAGAGAAUUGUAAUGUUAUAUAUUUUCCAUUCAAGAGAUUGAGGAGGCUUCCAUUGGUUUGAUAUUUGUAGAUGACAAGCUUUCAACUUGGCGUGCCCAGCAUUGUAUAUGUUUUACCAGAUCCUGUUUGUUCAUAGCAGGUGUCUAUCUUUGCGUAUGGGCAAACAGGUUCGGUGAAAACUUAUACAAUGAUUAGGGCAGCCCUGAUGCUCCAGAUUUGGAAGGGUUGAUACCACCUUCUCUAGAACAGAUAUUUCAGACUAGUCAAUCUCUGAAAGAUCAGGGUUGGAAGUACAAAAUGCAGGCAUCAAUCUUGGAAAUAUAUAAUGAGACCAUCAGGGAUUUGUUAUCAAAUAGGCCGUGUGGGAUUGACCAGACAGACAAUAGUGUUCCUGACCUAACCAUUGUGGAUGUCUGUAGCGUGAACGAGGUUUCCUCGCUCCUAAAACAAGCUGCGCAAUGCAGGUUUGUGGGAAGGACACAGAUGAAUGAACAAUCAUCUAGAAGCCAUUUUGUCCUUACUUUGCGUAUUUGUGGGAUAAAUGAGGUUGAUUCUGUUGAAAAGCUGGAUAAGUUGCUUGCAGCAUGUAAGGCACUUGGAGUUGAAACACAACCAAUGGUUAUAGGUGAAUUAGGAAUCAUUCCCUUGUUCUCUUGGUACCAUGAGAGCUUUGACAGAGAGAAGGACAUAACGGGAUUUCACAUCCCGCCUUUGGAGAUGGCAUGUAAAGACUUCCAUGCGUGUAAGUGGCCACAAGGACUUUCAAAUGGAGAUAUGUCCCUUUCAAUGUAUUUUGAUGCCAUGAAUGAUAAGCAACUGGAGAUGAUGAAGGAGGUUAAGAUAAAAUGUGAUCACAUUAUUACCUUUUCCCAUUUUGUUCCAAGGCAGGAACUGUGUCCAGAGAAGAGGAUGUUAUUUUAUCCUAAGCUUCCAAAAAUAAUUGGUUCAGACUCUCUUGAAAAUAGAAUAAGGUCUAUUCAUGGUGCUGAGGGAAGGAAGGAUGCAUCAUCUGCUUGCCAUGUGUUGAUGCUGUUGUUGAUGGUAUCAGAUAUUUGUACAUUAUCAUUCUAGCUUAUAGGUAAAUGUUGAUUGUAGAAUUUCACCAAAUGUUAGAAAUAUAGGCAUUUAUGUGUUUCUUCCCAUCAGUUUAAUCUUUUGGAAUAAAUGGUUCAUCACACGGUAUCAGAACUUGUAUGAUCUAAACUGUUUUCAAUAUAGGCUAUGCAUUUCAUUGUACAUUUGAUAUUUUAAUAUAGAUUCUAUAUUGCUUAUAAAAAUACUAAAAUGACAACAAAGAACUUGAAAGGUUAUGCAUCAUCAAAUUUAUUAAGGUUACAUAGAAGUGUGUUGCUAUACAAAAUAAGGUUCAUAUUUUAUUCAAAAAGUAAAGAGAGACAAAGGACAACAAAGAUAAACCCACAAACAACAAAGUCUUUUUUUUUUUUUUGGGUUUAAAUAAAACCCAAAAUGCACAUAAUUGGAAGUAAAAUGCAUACACAAGACACAGAGAAACCCCACAACAAAAUUUAAAAAACAAAAAAACCACAAAA